AUGGUCAACUUCACGAUCGAAGAGAUCCGGGCCUUGAUGGACCGGCCGGCCAACAUCCGGAACAUGUCCGUCAUUGCCCACGUCGACCAUGGAAAGUCGACCCUGACCGACUCGCUGGUCCAGCGUGCUGGUAUUAUUUCCGCCGCAAAGGCUGGUGAGGCCCGUUUCACCGAUACGCGUCAGGAUGAGCAGGAACGUGGUAUCACCAUCAAGUCCACGGCCAUCUCCCUGUACGCCCAACUGCCCGACCCCGAAGACCUCAAGGACAUUCCCCAGAAGGUCGACGGUAACGAGUUCUUGAUCAACCUGAUCGACUCGCCCGGUCACGUCGACUUCUCCUCCGAGGUCACUGCCGCUCUGCGUGUCACCGACGGUGCCCUCGUCGUCGUCGACUGUGUCGAGGGUGUCUGUGUCCAGACCGAGACGGUGCUGCGCCAGGCCCUGAGCGAGCGGAUCAAGCCCGUCGUCGUCAUCAACAAGGUCGACCGUGCCCUGCUCGAGCUGCAGGUCUCCAAGGAGGACCUGUACCAGUCCUUCUCGCGGACCAUCGAGUCCGUCAAUGUCAUCAUCGCCACCUACCUCGACAAGGUGCUUGGUGACGUCCAGGUCUAUCCGGACAAGGGUACCGUCGCCUUCGGUUCCGGUCUCCACGGAUGGGCCUUCACCGUCCGCCAGUUUGCCGUCAAGUACGCCAAGAAGUUUGGUGUCGACCGCAACAAGAUGAUGGAGCGUCUCUGGGGUGACAACUACUUCAACCCCAAGACCAAGAAGUGGACCAAGACUGGCGAGUACGAGGGCAAGCCUCUGGAGCGUGCCUUCAACCAGUUCAUCUUGGACCCCAUCUUCAAGAUCUUCUCCGCCAUCACCCACAACAAGAAGGAGGAGAUUGCGACCCUGCUCGAGAAGCUGGACAUCAAGCUGGUCGGUGAGGAGAAGGACCAGGAGGGCAAGCAGCUGCUCAAGACCGUCAUGCGCAAGUUCUUGCCCGCCGCCGACGCCCUCAUGGAGAUGAUGGUCCUGCACCUGCCCUCGCCUGUCACCGCCCAGAAGUACCGUGCUGAGACGCUGUACGAGGGUCCGACCGAUGAUGAGGCCUGCAUCAGCAUCCGUGACUGCAACCCGCAGGGUCCUCUCAUGCUCUACGUCUCCAAGAUGGUGCCGACCUCGGACAAGGGUCGUUUCUACGCCUUCGGUCGUGUCUUCUCCGGUACCGUCCGCUCCGGUCUGAAGGUCCGCAUCCAGGGUCCCAACUACACCCCGGGCAAGAAGGACGACCUGUACAUCAAGGCCAUCCAGCGCACCAUCCUCAUGAUGGGUCGUUUCGUCGAGCCCAUCGAGGAUGUCCCGGCCGGUAACAUUGUCGGUCUGGUCGGUGUCGACCAGUUCCUGCUCAAGUCGGGUACUCUCACCACCUCCGAGACGGCCCACAACCUGAAGGUCAUGAAGUUCUCUGUCUCGCCGGUCGUGCAGCGUUCCGUCGAGGUCAAGAACGCCAACGACCUGCCCAAGCUGGUCGAAGGUCUCAGGCGUCUGGCCAAGUCCGACCCUUGCGUCCUGACCUUCAUCUCCGAGUCCGGUGAGCACGUCGUCGCCGGUGCCGGUGAACUGCACCUGGAGAUCUGUCUGAAGGACCUCGAGGAGGACCACGCCGGUGUGCCGCUGCGUGUCUCCGACCCCGUCGUGCAGUACCGUGAGACUGUUGGCGCCGAGUCCAGCAUGACCGCCUUGUCCAAGUCGCCCAACAAGCACAACCGUCUGUACGUUGUGGCCCAGCCUCUGGAUGAGGAGGUCUGCCGGGCCAUCGAGUCGGGCAAGAUCAACCCGCGUGACGAUUUCAAGGUCCGGGCCCGUCUCAUGGCCGACGAGUACGGCUGGGAUGUCACCGACGCCCGGAAGAUCUGGGCUUUCGGUCCCGACACCACCGGUCCCAACCUGAUUGUCGACCAGACCAAGGCCGUCCAGUACCUCAACGAAGUCAAGGACUCCAUCGUGUCUGGUUUCCAGUGGGCGACCCGCGAAGGUCCGAUUGCGGAAGAGCAGAUGCGCGCGAUCCGCUUCAACAUCAUGGAUGUGACCCUGCACGCGGAUGCCAUCCACCGUGGUGGUGGUCAGAUCAUCCCCACGGCGCGUCGUGUGCUGUACGCCGCCACCCUGCUGGCCGAGCCCAGCAUCAUGGAGCCCAUCUUCAACGUCGAGAUCACGGUGCCCGAGCAGGCCAUGGGUGGUAUCUACGGUGUGCUCACCCGCCGUCGUGGUCACGUCUACACCGAGGAGCAGAGACCGGGUACGCCACUGUUCACCGUCAAGGCCUACAUGCCCGUCAACGAAUCGUUCGGUUUCACCGGCGAUCUGCGUGCCGCCACCGGUGGUCAGGCCUUCCCUCAGUCUGUCUUCGACCACUGGGCCAUCCUGCCUGGUGGCUCGCCUCUCGACCCGACCACGAAGCCUGGUCAGAUCGUUGCGGAGACCCGGAAGCGCAAGGGUCUCAAGGAGCAGGUUCCGGGCUACGAGAACUACUACGACAAGCUGUAA